UCUCACAUACCAGAGACGACCAGCGCGCACUGAGACAAGACCCAGGGGAGCGACUUCGUAAAUCCAAUGGUCUCCCCGAUGUUCGGGUUCAUCUUGGUAGCCCGCGCCAGUAGCACGCUACGCACACAGCCAGCGACCGAGCUCUGGCUCAGGCCCAUCGGUACAUACACCAAUCAGACGGCGACCCGACAUGAGCGUGUAUCAUCCUCGUCUUCCGGCCAACCCAACGCGUCGACCGCUCUCUGGGCGGGCGGUUCGGCACCUGUGCAACCGAAGACCAGUGCUCGGUACGCGGUACCUGCACGCCCGCCAUCACCCGAUUCUCAGCGGAUCGAAACGCUCGGGCCACCAGCUCCCCGCCCCCAUUAUCGUCCCGACUUCGCGUCGACGCAAGGUGGUGAAUCAUAAAGUACCUUCCAUGCGACCGGCCCAUUGGUAUGAACGUGAGGGCUUGAAGUUCAGACGGCCCGAGAUUAUGUAUACGCAGGCUCGCGGCCGCUGUCCGACGUCCGAUCGUGCGGGCAGCUCAGACGGGCCCGGGCGUCGUCAGGCGUUGUUAGAUACGUUGCAAGCCGCCCUCAUACCGAGCGGGCCAAGCUCACUCAUCGCACGCAACUAUUGGGAAAGGCGACACCGCCUUUCGGCAAUGCGAAUGCAGUAGCAUCGCGGGUAGGGUCGCUGGGCAAGCUGAGUUGGCGGGCUGCUGGUCUGUCGCUGCGCUGCUAUCGUAACGACUGCGUGAGUCCCGCUACCACUCUCGAGCGUGAGUAACCCUUACGUGCUGUGAGGAAUGUCGA